UUUUUUUUAGUAUGGAAAAAAAAGAUAUAGUAUUAUCAUCAUAUGCAUCCAAAGGGAGUUUCCGUACUGCAAAUUCUCAAAUAUCUGAAAAUGAAUGUAACACAGAUGAAUCUCCCUUAGAUAUUUCGAAUACAUGCGCAGAAAAUGCGCGUCAUUCUAAUCAACCAUCAUUUGAUUCUACAUCUACAAUUAGAUGUUCGUCGUCGAAUAUAAGUCAUCAACAGAAUAGAAACACGAGAAACUUUACAUCGUCAUCAACAUAUCCAUGUAGAAGUGGAUAUAAUCAACGUGCUGUUUCAGUAACGUCAACUACAUCAUCUUCUAAACAAGUCAAUUCGCGCAAUCCUCGUUACAAAAGACAUAUUGUUAGAGUUAUAUCGCAUCCACAAAGAGGGUAUUUUUCAGCAGAAGAUGAUGAGAAUGAAAUUGAAGCAGACGAAGAGGCGUUUUUUUCAGAAUUCGAGUCAGAGUUUCGAAAUAAGACAUUAAAAAAAAAAGGCCUUAAAAGAGAUUAUGGAAAAAACAAAACAAUUAUAGAUGAAAUAGACGAAGAUACUAUUGGAGAAGAGUAUGAAAGUUUUGGAAAAUUAAUGUGUGAUAAUCAUAACGAUAAUGAAAGUAUCUCUCAUAGUAUCGACAGCGAGGGAAGUUUUACUUUAAAAGAAAGACAAGAUGCAAUUAAUAAAACGCAUCCUUUUGGUAUUAGGCUUUGGAAACCAGCUUUAUAUAAAAAAACACGAUCUGUACAAAAAACAGCAGAAGGCGAUAUUCACUCUACUCCAGGAGAACCUAUUUUUUCUAGAGAUCUUAUAGGUAAUAUUCUUUGGACGGUAUGCUUUGGAUGGUGGCUAGCCUUAAUUGCUUUAAUAACAUCAUUUAUUUGCUAUAUACUCAUAAUUGGUCAACCCGACAAAGAUUAUAGUCGAGUACUUCGGGGAUUAUCUUGUUAUGUCUUUUAUCCUUUUGGUCAAUAUGUUGAACUAAAAUCUGAAGAAGCAUAUGCUGAAGAAGAUGAAGGAGAAGGCCAUAGCAUAAACGAAUAUACUGAUUUAGAAAUAGCUAAACAUAAUAAUUUACCUAUUCAAAGAAUUAUUGGUAGACGAAGAGAUAGCAUUGAUAGUAUAUCAGAUACAGAGAGUUUACUUGGCUGUUUUCAUAGAUCAAACAAUGCUAUAAGAAGAAAAGGACGAAGAAGAUUAUUUGGAAGGGGUCAAUGGUCUUUUGGACGUAUAGUAUUUUUUCUACUUUUUUAUUCAAUAAUAGCACCACUUCUUUUACUUGUAUCUGCAUUUUGCUGGCUAAUAGUUUUCGCAAUGCCAAUGGCAAAAGUAACUUAUCUAUUAUUUGACCAUAUGAGACGGCAUCCUUUAUCUAUAGUUUUUCAUUCAGACUUUCGUCAGGGAGAAUUUUCCAACCCAACAAUUUUAGUAUGUACAUAUCGCGCCUUUGGUUUAAAAUAUUAUCAAUAUACAGUGGAUGGAGUAAACAUAUUUUUCAUAAACUUGAUGUUUAUAGUUUUAUUUACUAUUUCAGACGAAUAUCUCUUAGGAAGCAUUUUUGGACACAAUUAUUUUAUUACAUCAUCAGCAACUAUAUUCGUUCUUUCUCUUCUAUCAAUUGUAUCUUUAUCAUAUCUUGUUGGCAUGGCUGUUGCAUCUAUUUCUGCACAGUCAUCCAUUGGGAUGGGUGCAGCUAUCAAUGCUUUCUUUGGAUCUGUAGUAGAAGUUUAUCUUUAUUGUAUCGCAUUAAAUCAAGGAAAAGCUAGAUUAGUAGAGGGAAGCAUAGUCGGUAGUGUGCUUGCAGGUGUUCUUUUAAUGCCUGGUUUAUCAAUGUGUGCAGGAGCUAUACGAAGGAAGACACAAAGGUUCAAUGCUAAAUCUGCAGGCGUUACGUCUACAAUGUUGCUAUUUGCAGUUAUUGGGGCAUUUGCACCCACCUUAUUUUAUCAAAUCUACGGAACAUAUGAAUUAAAAUGUUUACCUUGUUCAAAAAGCAAAUAUAUAUAUAAUUGUCAAAGGUGCAAGUUCGACCAAUCAUAUGCACCUGAUGAUCCAUUUUACCAAAAUUCUGUAAAGCCAUUUACAUAUAUAUGUGCAUUAACUCUUAUUCUUUCAUAUUUAAUUGGAUUAUGGUUUACAUUAAGAACUCAUGCAGCAAUGAUAUGGCAAACUCCUAUUACCGUUUCUGCUUUAGAUACACCUAAAGAGAGUAUUACUUCUCGAUUGAUUAAAACACCUAUUCGAGAAUCUCAAAUUUUCAAAAAAAUAAUACCAAAAAGUUUUCUGGAGCAUCAAUUUAAUAAAAGACUUAAUAGCACAUUUCCAUCAUGUGAUAAUAAUAAUAUAUGUCAUCAAAAUAUUGCUUCACGAAAUCAUCCUCAAGAUUCUAUAAUAUCAUAUAUGCAAGACUCCUAUAAACCAGAAGAUACUAUUCACAACGAAACAAAUGCUUUUAUUAAUUCUAUGGGCUUAGCAAUGGAUGUUCAAGAAUCAAUGAUUCAAAAUCAAAGUAAUCACGAAUAUGAGCAAACACAAAACAAUAAAUUCAGAAAAAAUCUUAUACAUUCUCAAAGUUAUAUACAUGAACUAGAGGGAAAUGAACAUGAGAAUAAUACAGGACACGGUGCGCCCAGCUGGAGUCUAAAAAAAAGUACAUUAAUACUUUUGACAUCAACGCUGUUAUAUUCUGUAGUGGCAGAAAUGUUAGUUAAUACAGUGGAUGUAGUUCUUCAAAAUUUUCAUAUAGAUGAAAAAUUUUUGGGGUUCACUUUAUUUGCAUUAGUACCAAAUACUACGGAAUUUAUGAAUGCUAUAUCAUUUGCAACUAAUGGAAAUAUUGCACUGAGUAUGGAAAUUGGCUCAGCAUAUGCACUUCAAGUGUGCUUACUACAGAUACCAUGCCUUGUUGCAUAUAGUGCGUUUAGAAAUAUCGGGAAACAGGAACUGUUAUCCUAUACUUUCAGCUUGGUUUUUCCACGAUGGGAUCUUAUUUGUGUAAUUCUUUGCGUAUUUCUUUUAGCUUAUGUAUAUAGUGAAGGCAAAAGCAAUUAUUUCAAGGGUUCUAUUUUAAUAUUAAGUUAUACGGUUCUUCUCAUGGGUUAUUAUUUCACACCUAUCAAUAUACAAAACUUCUCUACAUUUAUAAUACAAAACAAAUAUAUCAUACAAAAAUAACAUAGUAAUUAAAACAAUAUAGUAAAUAACA